GCAGGAAGUCUCUGUGUCCCGUUGUCUGGGGGAGAUGCUGGGUCUGUUCAGGCUUUGAAGGAUGCAGCAGGGCCGGAGAAGGAAGAUCGGGAGGUGAAAGACGGCAAGGCGAUGAAAAGCAUGAUCGGAAGGAAUGAGCCUUUGUUUUUGUGCUUUUGGUCGUUAGAUGACAAGAUGAGGGGAAAAGCCGCAGGCCUUGUUUGUUUAUUGCCUCCCCGGAACUGUCAGUGACACACAAUUCUGCCUAGGGGUGAUGUCCAGCGUUUGUUGCUUGUCCGGGUUGGCUUCUAAAACGGAUAAACCAAGGUAGAGUACAUUGUACCUUGUCAUGGGUUUAGUCUUCAUUUUAGCAUCAUCGCCACCUCCAUUCUCCCGUGCCGCCGCUUACAGGAAAUCAAGUUAAACGUCAGAGCAAAAUCACAACAUGAAGUCGUCGAGAUUCCAGCCUCGCUCGUUUUCGCUUUUUGUGGUUUGGACGAUCCUGUGUCAGUUAGGUUGCGGUCAGUCCGUCCCGGACUCCCCAGGCCUUCCUCUCGCCAUCCGCGUACCUCUUAGCCAAGGGGCUCGCCCCGAACAACCACCGCCUCAAGCGGGGAGGUUGAGUGGUCGCAGGCGGAGGGGAGUGACAGCCAGUGGCGUCAGCUUCGUCGACGACAUGAUCGACAACCUGCGUGGGAAAUCCGGCCAGGGAUAUUAUGUGGAGAUGGCGGUGGGAUCACCUCCACAAAAGUUGAACAUCCUGGUGGAUACGGGAAGCAGUAACUUUGCAGUUGGGGCAGCUGCUCAUCCAUUCCUGCGCAGAUACUACCAUCGAUCCCUGUCAACGUCUUACCGUGACCUUGGAAGGAGCGUGUAUGUUCCUUACACCCAGGGCAGAUGGGAAGGCGAGUUGGGUACCGAUCUAGUCUCUGUUCCACAUGGUCUUAAUGCCACUCUCCGUGCCAACAUUGCUGCAAUCACCCAGUCUGAUCGCUUCUUCAUCAAUGGAUCCAACUGGGAGGGAAUCCUUGGACUGGCCUACGCUGAUAUAGCACGGCCUGACGAAAGAUUGGAGCCUUUCUUUGACUCCCUGGUUCGCCAGACGCCUGUCCCAAACCUUUUCUCUCUCCAGUUGUGUGGAGCUGGCUUUACCCAAAACUACUCGCUGGGCAGUGCUGCUGUUGGAGGUAGCAUGAUCAUUGGAGGUGUGGACCCAUCCCUCUACGUUGGAGAGCUUUGGUAUACUCCCAUCCGUAGAGAGUGGUACUAUGAGGUGAUUAUUGUGCGUAUUGAAGUGAAUGGACAGGAUCUCAACAUGGACUGUAAGGAGUACAACUACGAUAAGAGCAUUGUGGACAGUGGCACCACCAAUCUUCGAUUGCCAAGAAAAGUCUUCCACGCUGCAGUCAAGGCGAUUGAAGCAGCUUCCUCAACAGAACAAUUUCCCUCUGGGUUCUGGCUUGGUGAGCAGUUGGUAUGUUGGCAGGCCGGCACUACACCCUGGCACAUCUUCCCAGUCAUCUCCCUUUACCUGAUGAGUGAAAACCGUAACCAGUCUUUCAGAAUCUCCAUCCUUCCCCAGCAAUACCUACGGCCAGUGGAGGACGUAGCUUCAGCUCAGGAGGACUGUUAUAAGUUUGCUGUGUCCCCAUCAAGCACUGGGACAGUGAUGGGAGCAGUCAUCAUGGAAGGAUUUUAUGUGGUGUUUGACCGAGAGAAGAGACGAAUUGGCUUUGCUGUCAGUACCUGUCAUGUUCAUGACGAGUUUCGCACAGCCUCAGUGGAAGGCCCGUUCCAUGGUAUCGACCUGGAGGACUGUGGCUACAACAUCCCCCAGACAGACGAGUCCACACUUAUGACUAUUGCCUACAUCAUGGCGGGCAUCUGUGCUCUAUUCAUGCUGCCAUUGUGUCUCAUGGUGUGCCAGUGGCGCUUUGCCCGCUGCCUUCACCCACAAGGGGACUUUUCUGACGACAUAUCACUUCUUAAGUGAACUGGCGAACAGGAUGACUUCGAGAAUCAUGGAGGAAUGGAAUUCGCAUGAUGUUACAAAGUGUGCAGGAAUAUACUGAAAACUCUCUGAGGUGCUCUGAGAUCACACUGUCUCCAUCUGACUCUCACUUUUGUUACCAGGGCUCCUCCAUUUCUGGUGUCAUUUUCAGCCCCCAUGGCAUAGCUGGUGUUGACGGCCGUGCUGUGAGAAACUACUCUGCUGUUGCUUAAAACCGGAGGCUAUCAGUGUGGCAAAUGUAAAAAAAUAAAUUAAAAAAAGAUGCUCCAAUUAGGACAAAACUAAAACUUGAAAUAUGAAUGCUACAAAUAAGAUUAAGUGACAAGACUUGUGGCAAAAAUUAUAUUGAGUAAUGCUGAAUUGAAGAAACAAUUGAAAAAUGUAAUGAAACACAAUGAAUGGUUAUCUACUUAUGCAGGUCAGUGUUACAAUACACAGAUGAAUUAUCUUUAAAAAUAUAUAUAUAUAUAUAUCAUUAUACAAUUAUUAGAUUAUAUUAAUAUUAUAUUAUUAUGAACCAUUUAUGAAAAGCAAGCAAUUUAUUACAUGUUUUAAAAAAAUGCUUCAGUGCUCCACACAGAUGAAAUUAUUAAAAAUUUUGUCAGAGUGAGUUGACCUGGAUGUUUACAGUCUCGGAAGACAUAAUUGACAUUAUUCAUGAUGGCACGAUUAAUGUUAAUGUGUGGUUCUGGUGGGUUUUUAGAGCUACUGUUAUUGUUUAUUGCAAAAGGGAUGAGAUGUGAGCAUACCUGUGUGUGUGCGUGCGUCCGUGUGUGUGUGUGUGUGUGUGUGUACGUGUGCUCAUAUGUAUGCAGACAGAUCAGAAUUAAACUACUGAAAAUUAAAGUAUCUAUUAAAUGACAUUAUUUUGCAAACUCCACCAAAGAAGUCUUAAUGCAAACUAUGUAAGCAUAAAACGUCUAAUUUGAUCAAAUGUGUUUGUUUUUGCUUGAUGUGAAACUGAAACUCCUGAACACUAUACCAGUAUCAGAUGUCACUCCUUGUACUGUAAGCUUAAAUGUAUCUAUUAUACAUCAGAUUUAUUUGACCGAUUAUCAGUUUGUGACAAAAGACACACAAAACACCUUGUUAUUGUUGCAAACUAAGGUUGUGUUGUUGCACAUGUUAUCAUCAUAUUAAAUGUUACCAAACUAUGACCUAUAGGGCUUCUUUCAAUGACACUCAAACAGCCUAACUCAAUGCUGGAUGUCUUUUAAGAGGACCAUAUACAGUACACUAUGCUCGGAAAAGGAAACCAGCGCAAAAUGUUUUCCACUUUAAAAACGCAACAUAACUCCACUGGCUGUAAAUAGAGAAACUGAACUGUGUCUUUAUCUGCCAGACACUGGUAGUACUGUUGU